CUCCGGGCCCCUCUCCAGCCGGCCCCCCACCUCUCCCGGAGCCUGGCUGGAUUCGGAAAUGCCCUUACAGCAGCAGGCCAAGCGAAGGCUGGAGCUAGGAGAAAGCGGUCAUCAGUACCUCUCAGAUGGUUUAAAAACCCCCAAGGGCAAAGGGAGAGCUGCACUGCGAAGUCCUGACAGUCCCAAAACUCCAAAAUCUCCCUCAGAAAAAACACGGUAUGAUACAUCACUUGGUCUGCUCACCAAGAAGUUCAUUCAGCUACUGAGCCAGUCACCUGAUGGGGUCUUGGAUUUGAACAAGGCAGCAGAGGUGCUGAAAGUGCAAAAGAGAAGGAUCUAUGAUAUCACCAAUGUGCUGGAAGGCAUCCACCUCAUUAAGAAGAAGUCUAAAAACAACGUGCAAUGGAUGGGCUGCAGUCUGUCUGAGGAUGGGGGCAUGCUGGCCCAGUGUCAAGGCCUGUCAAAGGAAGUGACCGAGCUCAGUCAGGAAGAAAAGAAAUUAGAUGAACUGAUCCAAAGCUGCACCCUGGACCUCAAACUGUUAACCGAGGAUUCAGAGAAUCAAAGGUUAGCUUAUGUUACAUAUCAAGAUAUUCGAAAAAUUAGUGGCCUUAAAGACCAAACUGUUAUAGUUGUGAAAGCCCCUCCAGAAACAAGACUUGAAGUGCCUGACCCAGUAGAGAGCCUGCAAAUACACUUGGCAAGUACUCAAGGGCCCAUUGAGGUUUACUUGUGUCCAGAAGAGACUGAAACACAUAGUCCAAUGAAAACAAACAACCAAGACCACAAUGGGAAUAUCCCUAAACCCACUUCCAAAGACUUGGCUUCAACCAACUCAGGACAUAGUGAUUGCUCGAUUUCUAUGGCAAACCUUUCUCCUUUGGCCUCCCCAGCCAACCUUUUACAGCAGACUGAGGACCAAAUUCCUUCCAACCUCGAAGGACCAUUUGUGAACUUACUGCCUCCCCUGCUCCAAGAAGACUAUCUCCUAAGCCUCGGGGAGGAAGAAGGUAUCAGUGAUCUCUUCGAUGCUUAUGAUUUGGAAAAGCUCCCGCUGGUGGAAGACUUCAUGUGUAGUUGAUUAUGCUUUGUGAACUCCCCUUAUAAACCAAUAUUUUUUUAUUAAUGGAACCAGAACAUCAGUCAUGCAGUGUUGUCCCUUCCUACCUUCUUCCUCCAAGAUAGUAUCAUGAAGUAAACUACAAACUUCAGAACAAAGCUGACAUUUUAAUGGAAUUUUUUAAAUAAAUUGUCUAAACGCACAGUUGCAGGCUCCCUUGGGAAAAUCCUGCUUUGCCCCAGGCUCCAAAAUCUCCUGGAUGAGUCAGCAAGUGAGAAAAUGUGCAAUCAGGUGUCUCUCACCCAUACUUUUCCUCCCUCCCUCCCGGAUUGGCUUGCUGUGCCUGACGGAUGGGCUGUAGAAUGGGGUCUGGCCACCUGGGCCACUGGAAUACAGCAAUCUUCCUUAAUAGCAUUUCAAGCCGUGCCUUCUCUGCAGAAAGCAUGUCGUUGGGGUCUGCUAAUACGGAAUGGAACUACAGGAACUGUAAACUUGAAGUCAUGCAAAAGUAUGAAAUGGAUGUCUUCAGCUCUUCUUAGGAAUAUUUAAAUUACUGUCAUAAUUCAGUGUAAGCUAUGGACCGUGUGUCCCACUAGGAGGUCAAGAGAACCUCCACAGCCUUUCUGAUGAAGAACCUGUUUUCGAGUACUUGUUGCAGAUACAGAAGAAUAGCCGAGUUCUGCCACUCUAAGCUGUUGUGGAUUUUCCUGUCUCCAUAAACCACUCCCACUCCCCUGCCCCCAGCGUGUUUGUGAGUUUAAAGUUGAUUUGUAGCAAAUGCCUACUUCGGAGUUCUUUGUGGAUUGUUUUAGACUUUAUUUUAUCUUUUAGCUGCCAUUUAAGCAUUCCUGUGGCACCCAUCACCAUUUCAGUUUGUUUACUUUGAAGCGGUUUUUGCUAAUUCAGAUUAUUUAAGCAGAGGUAGGGAACCUCUCUGAUCGGAGCAUCUAGCGUGUGAGUGGGCCUGAGGUUUAACAGCCUUUGCGGCUUCCUUUCCCGGAGGGGGGCCGGGAGCCAGGCAGGCCUGGAGCUCGCUGGCCCUGGUGGCCCAUCCGAAAGGGGAACCGGGUCGGGAGACGUGGCAGGCCCAAGGGACAGCAGGCGGGGGCCGUGGGCCCUGGCCUCCCGGCGCCCCCGGCCCAGGCUCUCUUACACCGCACUCAGGGAGACCGCCCCUCAGGAUGGGGUCGGAUGGGAGGAAGACGCCCCGUGCGGGGUGGCAUCCCGUAGCGGCUUUUGCUCUCGCUGGUGAGGGCAGGGAGCGCCCACUUUGCGGGGCGCCGUGGUACCCCGGCCAGAGCCCGCCCCCCCUCUGAAGGAGCAAGGUGGCCCAAGGGGAGCGCGGGCGUGGAAGACGAAGCGGGGGAGCGCCAGGGUGCCCCCCGCCUCGCCCUGCAGGAGUGCUGUCCCCCGCGGAGGCCUUUGCGUUGGCGGGGGGAGGUGGCCCUUCCCCACCGGGAAUGCGCCCUGGUACCUCGUCCAUUCCUUGGGUGCUGAAGCCCGCGGGGUGAGGGAGCCUUAGGGACAACGAGCCCCAGCGCGAACAGAGCCCGGAGUGCUCUGUGCCCCGCCCGGCGGCAGGCGCGCGAUUCGCGUGCGGAACCGAGUUCAAACUACCCCUUAGGAAACACGCAAAACGGAAAACCACGAGCCCCCGGCCCGUUCACUCCAGGUAGAUUUCCACAAUAUGCAAAGUGGUGGUGGGGUCAGAACCGUGACACCAGCACUUUAAACGAUUCGUGUGGGUAUGCGUGGGUGUGUGUGUGGGAAGAAAACAAAGGUGCAGAUGACCGUCCUUUCCCCUCUGCCUCCAGCCCGGCCUCCUCCCGCACACACUGGACUUGGUACAAAUGUGGUCCGAGAUGACGACGCUGCGGGGCGGGGGGAGGGGAGCUUUGUGUCAAGUGCCUACUGGAAAUGCACUGUGGGGUUUUUUUCCUGUAUGGGAAACCGUUUAUGCCAAGCUUUUCCCCAUUUCCCAUAUUUAUCUCAUCCGGUUAGCUGCCUCUGCUUCCAGCCUUGUGUAAUUCUCUGCCAGCUGCACAAAGCUGAUUUUUUUUUUUUCCAAAGUCUAAAGACUGAGCUCACCUGGCUAGGUGGUUGUGUGUUUUGUUGAGUUUCUCGUUAAACCUUUCGUAAUGUAAUGCCGUAUUUAUUGUUUUAAAAUGAAAGGAAUACUAAUAAGUCUUAAAAGUUCCUUCGUGCAUAAGAUUUCUUCAGUUAAUGGGCGUUAACUGGUGGAUAUUCAUGCAGUGUCCAUACUGUGUUCUGUCUGCAUUAGUCAUUUUCUUUUUGACAAAGUGGAUUAGUUCCCCAGUAUUUGUGUUCCUUUAAGUCAAAGUAUGCCGGUUUCCUGGUACCAUUGAGUUGCUGCUAUUAAAAGCUCACACAUGAAAUGGCUAAAAGUUACAAGUGUGCGAAUUAUGACUGCGUGAGCCUUAGAAAAUAAACUGUAUAAAGGGCAACACAUGAGCUGUCAAACAGUGUUAAGGUGUGUGUUUAUAUGUACAGAUGUGUGCAUAGCAAUUGUUCUAUUUAAGUUGACAUGUAGUCUACUCACCUUUUCAUUAGCAAUUUUGUACAAAGAUAGCAAUUAAUUUGUAAACACUGCCAGAAUAUUUUCUAGCUGGUUUGUAAUUUUUUAAGAGUGUUAUAUUUUGUUUUUGUUGUUUUGUUGUGGUUCUUGUUUCCAUUUUUGUUUCAAGUGUAGAUCUGUAAAUAAAAUUGCAGUAUUUAAAGCUUUCAGGAAAAAGAAGUCAGAACUCAGCGUGUGCAUGACAACUCGUGUGUGUGAGAGGAGGGAUUUGAAGGGGAGGAUGCCUUGUAGAGUGAGUCAGGUGGCAAGUGUCAGAUUGUGGGAAUUUCUUUUCCUAUGGGGUACGUGAUUUUAUCAAAGGGAAAUAUUUCUCCCAAAAUUGGGAGAAGGCAAACUACUAAUCAGUUUAGCUUUGUGUGUUGUAUGCUAGUUUAAAAAAGAAAAUGUGUAAUAUAAUGUAAAAAAAAAAAGCUUUUAUGAUGGAUUUUGUAAAUAGAUUUGUUACAGGGUAACCUGUUCUCUAGCUGUGAUCUUACCACUUCAAAUGGGUGUAAUUUGAAUAAAUUUUGUAUGGUAAUGGAUCAAUAAAAUGAUUUUUUUUUUUAAGA